AUGUGGAUUCACGUUGACUGUUACUGCCGUCUCUGCGCUGGCCGCAACGUUCCUUCUGAUUCGCCUGUCAGUCCUCUUUCCCCUUCUUUCCACCACCGUAUCGGCUUUGACACUCCACCUAGCCCUCUGUCGCCGGCUUUGUCUUUCACAUCAACUAGCCUUCCCCUUCCAAGUCCAAUUUCCCCUUUGCUGAUUGCUGCUGAAGACUGGUCCUUGAGUCCUGUCUCGCCCUUUGCCCUUGAGCCUUUCAGCCCGUCGAGCGAAGACAGCACAUCAACCGCUUCGCCCGCUCUCUCAAUCGCUGAGUUGACACCCAGAGACUUUCCUUCUCCAGCCAGUCCUCUGACCACUGAUUUUGUCUGGGACCUCUGUAUAAUUCCCUCCAUCCCUGCCAAGUUUUCCGUCUUUGCACCGAUUUGGCACAAUGACACCUCUUUCCCCUUCAACGCCCCUGCUACCGAGAUUGAUGAUGAAGCAAUCAGCCCUACCACCCUUCCUGAUGGUACCAAAGCCGUUCGCUCAUCUCCCGCUCUCCCUCCAAGACCUAUCACACGUCGCCCUAAGAGAUCUCCUUUGCUUACCUCCAAGUUCUCUUGGGGUAGUACGCCCACCACUUCUCCUUCUCUGACUUCACCUAAUUUUUUCCGCUUCACUGGACCAACUUACACCUUUGAAACUGUUGCUGAAGAAGUCAAGAGCAGAGCUGGUUCUUUGUCUUUUGCUUCUUCGGACAGUGUGUCCAUUCACACUCUUGGUACUGAGGGAAUGCCCUUGAAGUUCGAGAACAAGCCUUGGUGGGAGAAUAUCCCUGAAGUUUCGCCUUUGCCUUCGCCUACUUUGAGUGUUCACUCUUUUAGCGGGUUUUCUGGUGUUCAUGGCUCUCCUACUGGUUCUGAGUUUGACCUUGUGGCUCUUUCUCCUGAUGAUACUGAUGAGAUUGACGAUAUUGAUAUCAGGAAUGUUUACUGGACGCAUGUUACACCACAGACUGCUACUGAGUAUACAGCCAUCUUUGGCACUUCGGUAUUCGAAGACGAGUUUGCUUGGAUCCGCUACCCAAUCCCUGGUCCCCAUAACCUUCUCCCUUCUCCCUCUUUCUCAGAUGAUGAGACUGCUGGUUAUGAUUGGGACAAGCACAAUCCUACAGCCUUUGACUCUACUGAUCCAUUCAGUGAGGUUGAUGAUGUGUUUGAAUCAUACGCUGACUCUGUCUCUUCUUCGUAUCUUUCGUCUUUUGAAUCUUCUUCUGCGGACUGGAGCUUUGAAGUUGGUGAGUACUCGGGAUUUGAGGGCAGCGUUGGUGUCGCGCAGACUGCUGAAGUUGCCAGAGCGAGGUAUAUCUCCUCGUUCCUCAGUCGCUCUGCUGUUGCUGGUGUCAAAGAGAUUUGUGCUGAGGACAGACAGAUUGCCUCGCUUGAUUUGAUUGUUGCAAGUAUCUCUGCAGCUCCCUUGACUUAUCCAAAUGCCUUGAACAGCAACACCCAUCCCCGCUGGGAAAGCAAGACCCUCGUGAUUCCAGACGGAGUAGUAAGAGGACCAUACCACAACAAAAGAGGACUGCAAAAAAGCGACACGGGAAAAGAAAUUGAAGGAUGGCUUAAAGAAGCGCUGAGGGAGGAUCCCGAUUUGCAGUUGGCGCCUAUGUAUCAGAGUGACAGGGAGUUGGUUGAGUACAUCGAAACGUUGAGGGAGGAGGUUGCUGCAGAGAAGAAAAUGGAAGGUUUUAGGGAAGGAGAGGAGCAGAAGGUUGUUGUAUAG